AUGUCGUCAAUACAGAUUACACCAGUUGCUCACCCUGCCAAUUCACGCCGCAGCAUUGGCGCUACUGCUACCAACCUCGAUGUCAACAACCUGACUGAAGACGACUGGAAGGUCAUCCACAAUGGAUUGUACACACACUCAGUUUUGGUUUUGAAAGACCAGGCUCACGCCACACCAAAGGCGCAGUUCGAACUUACACAGCGUUUCGACCCGUCAUGCUCGGGCUAUGGACAUGGCAAGACGCUGGAUGCAAAGCGCAGCAUCCUGCACCCAGAUCUCAAGACAAUUCCGCAUCAGCCUCAAGUGCAAGUGAUCGGCAACGGCUUCGUGAAGGACUUUGAGGGACUCAAGGACAUUACGCUGAAGCAUCCGCAUCACAAAACCUUCCACAAGACUACGGUCCCCGAGGCUGAGGAUUUGGACUUCACGCGUUUUUACCGCUGGCACAUCGACGCGGCGCUUUACGACCUGCAGCCACCGCGGGUGACCUCUCUUAUGGCGGUCAAAGUACCUAAGGGGCGAACGCAGACGCUUCGCUACGAUGAUGGUACUGGAGACGAACUGCAGGUCCCGCUAGGCACGACUGCGUUCGUGUCUGGAUAUACGAUGUACGAUAUUCUAUCCGAGAGCGACAAGGAGUUUGCCCGCACGACCAAGGUUGAAUAUGCAGCGCACCCCUACAUUUGGAUGUCGCCGGCAAAGUCAAGGUCGACAGGUUUAGGGCUGGAGUCGGACGGCUUGGAGCUGGCCGCAAGCGAGCUGCCGCCGGUUGACGAGUCGAAAAUCCUUCGGCUGCCAAUGUGCUGGAAGAAUCCGUUGACUGGCAAGCUCGCCCUCCAGAUUCAUCCCUCUGCAGUGCGCAGGCUGCACUUGGGGAACGGUUCCGUGAUUGAUGAUCUGAAAGAGGUGCGAGACAUCGUCUAUCGACUGCAGCGACCAGGUAUUGCGCCAGAAUUGGUGUACUGCCACGACUGGGAGGAAGGUGAUUUGGUUCUGUUCAACAACCAGGGUACGAUUCACAGUGUUGUUGGUGCAUUCGCGCCCGACGAGGUCCGCAUAUUCAGGCAGUGUAACCUGGCAAGCAAUGCUCCCCCGGAAGGCCCAGACCGUGGUUCGCACGAGGCGUGGAUGCAACCCCUCCGCACGUACGCGCCUGAAAAGAGCACGGAAGCCGCUGACAACGCAUGGAUGAAACCAAUGCGCGCGUAUUAG